AUCCGAUCAACAGAUUUCGUUGUGAAGGCCGAGAACCGUUCUCCUAAGUUGAUUUUGUGCAGUAAAGAGCGAGGAUGGCGACGCGGCUCCGCGAGUCGACUGCUGAUAGGAUUAGCAAUCUUCCCGACGGCGCGAUAGAGCGGAUUCUGGUGUUCUUACCCAUAAAAGAUGCAGCGAGGACCAGUCUCUUGUCAAGAGACUGGAGGAAUCGUUGGAGAAGUAUUCCUCAACUUGUCUUUGAUGAUUAUUUUGCUCCAACCCCCGCAGGAAACUCUUAUUUGCCGGAUGAGAAUAAGGUUAUGAUGCAAGUUUACGAAGCUCUAAUGGGUCAUGAUGGGCCAAUAGCUAAGUUUGAGCUCUCAAUUUCUGGAAUCAGGAACCCUAAUGUUGAUAUCUUGAUGCGUUACAUUUCAAGCAAAGGUGUCCAGGAGCUUUCCCUUCUCUUUUGGGAAUGCCAUCAUCUCCAAUUGUAUUCCUCCCUGUUUUUCGCCUUACCCCUCAAUCGCCUGAGGCUGCAGUAUUGCACUUUUAGUCUGGCAUCUUCGUUCGUGGGGUUCAGUAAGCUGAACCUCGUCGAAUUCAAUGAUGUUUUUCUGCCUGAUAAUUUCUAUGAAAAUUUCAUACCGAACUGCCCGCUGCUUGAAGAGUUGAGGGUUUUCGAUUGCAUCGGUACCGAGCAUGUGUUUGUAGCGCCGUCUCUCAAGGUUCUUUUAUUUCACUCGGGGUUUGAGAAAAUUUGCUUCAAGUAUACCCCACUUCUUUCAGUGGUAUCAGUUCUAGACACUGAAGAAUUUAUGUAUGAUGAUGAUUACUUUGUGAAGCAUAAUCCGGAUAUGGUCAGCUUGUUUGCAUCUCUCCCUGCACUUCAGCACCUCAAUCUUGGCAUUGAAUUACUGCUAUUCCUUGCUGAUGGUCAUGUCCCCUACCAACUUCCUACAGCUCUCCACAACCUGAAAUUCCUCGAAGUACCUCAUAUUCUUUUGCAUAGGUUGCCACAGGCGCAGGUUCUUGUUUGUCUAAUCAUGAGUGCUCCCAACUUGCAAAGACUCACAAUUAGGCUUGAUGAUGAUCUCAGACAUCCACGUUCGGAGGUUAUUGCUAGCCUACAAAAGUUGUUGGAAGCAGAGGACCAACCUAGAGUUUCUUGCCUUCAACAUCUGGAAGAGUUCAACAUUCAGGACAGUCGUGGUACACUAGUGGAGCUGGACCUGGUGAGGUUUGUUCUAGCCACUGCCCCGGUACUUCGCAGGAUCUCCAUUAGGCGCAAAGAAAAAUUGUUGUCCUCGAAAAUGGUUAUGAAGUUCUCGAAUGAGAUGUUAUUAUAUAAGCGUAUUUCCAAAGAAGCCGAGGUCAAAUAUGUCUAGAAUUAUGUGGUUGGCACUUUGUAGCUUUUACCUCCCACCUUUAAGUCGUUGUCCAUCUUCUUUGAUGUUGGUUCGUCUUUUAUGUUCUCUUUUCUAGUUUGCAAAUGAUGUAAGGGUGCUUGAUCCAAGUGAGUUCAACUGUAGAAUGUUUGUUAUUGUUAACUGCAGAGUGGCCUGUGAUUAGUUGGGACUUACUUCUAGC